AUGCAAAAGAGGUUACUCAAUACGUCUGCCAAUCUUCUAUUAAGAAGCUUGAAAACAGCUGCUAUAAAUCCGAUUCGCAUCGCUAGACCAGUUGCUCGCUACUCUACUGUCAAGUCGGUGCCACUUACCGCCGAUACUUAUUCGUCAAAAGUCCAACGAGAUCCAAAAUAUAAGAAACUAGAUUCUUCAGACUUGGACUUCUUCAAAUCCAUUUUACCUGAAAGCAGCAUUGUUACCGAUGACGAUGACUUGUUGUUCUACAACGAAGACUGGAUGAGGAAAUACCGUGGACAAUCAAAUUUACUACUCAAGCCCAAGACUACUCAACAGAUUGCUGACAUUUUGAAAUACUGCAAUGCAAAGAAGUUGGCUGUUGUUCCACAAGGUGGUAACACUGGAUUGGUUGGUGGGUCAAACCCCAUCUUUGAUGAAAUCAUUAUAUCCUUAUCUUCAUUAAACAAAAUUAGGUCUUUCGAUCCAGUGAGUGGUAUUUUGAAAGUUGAUGCUGGAGUGAUUUUGGAAAAUGCCGAUCAGUAUUUGCUGGAACAAGGAUACAUUUUCCCGUUGGAUUUGGGUGCCAAAGGUUCCUGUGAGAUUGGUGGUAACGUUGCUUGUAAUGCUGGAGGGUUAAGAUUGUUGAGAUAUGGAUCAUUGCAUGGCAGUGUGUUAGGGUUAGAGGUGGUGUUACCAGAUGGUACUAUUUAUGAUUCCAUGCACUCUUUGCGCAAGGACAAUACGGGUUACGACUUGAAGCAAUUAUUUAUUGGUUCUGAGGGCACUUUGGGUGUGAUUACUGGUGUUUCCAUACUCUGUCCGGCAAGACCGCAGGCCACGAAUGUUGCUUUUCUUGCCGUCAAAGAUUACGAAACCGUACAAAAGGUUUUUGUUGAAUCAAGAAAAGAGUUGGGUGAAAUCUUGUCUGCUUUUGAAUUUAUGGACUUGAAGUCGCAACAAUUGACAAAGCAACAUUUGGGACUUGACCAUCCAAUAGAGAGCGGAGAGUACCCUUUCUAUAUUUUGAUUGAGACAUCAGGAUCUAAUAAGGAUCACGAUGAUGAGAAAUUGGAGAACUUCUUGGGAAAUGCAAUGGAGAAUGGCUUGGUUGAAGAUGGUAUUGUUGCUCAAGAUGAGUCACAAGUGCAGAGCUUGUGGAGUUGGAGAGAGAGUAUACCAGAAGCAAGUGCAAUGAACGGUGGUGUCUACAAGUACGAUGUUUCAAUCCCUUUAAAAGACUUGUAUGGGUUGGUUGAGGCUGCUAACAAAAACUUGGCCGAAGCCAACUUGGUGGAUUUUGAAGACGAUGCAAAACCCGUUGUUUCAGCUAUAGGAUAUGGACACAUUGGUGAUGGAAACUUGCACCUCAAUGUUUGUGUUCGAAAGUACACCCUGGCAGUUGAGUCAGUGUUGGAGCCAUUUGUUUAUGAAUGGGUUUCUUCAAAGAAGGGGUCUAUCUCUGCUGAGCAUGGUUUGGGAUUCCAAAAGAAGAAUUAUAUCGGAUACUCCAAAAACCCCACAGAGAUUGCUUUGUUGAAGCAGAUUAAGCAACAUUACGACCCUACAGGAAUAAUGAAUCCCUACAAGUAUAUAUAG